GGCCUUCCCAAAUUGCUGUUAGUUACUACUACUCAUCAUACAGUGAGAGUGAGUGACUUUGGAGUUGAGUGUCUGUUUUGGCUGGCCUCAACAUUGGUUUCACCCCCCUUCCCCCCCCCACUCCUCUUCUGGCCCACUCCUCUUCUGGCCCACUUCCUUCUGGCCCACGGAGUACACUUUCCCUUGCCCCUCCAGUCUCUCUUCCCAGCAUUGCAUUUCAAUUCUUCUUCUACCUACCUUUCAACUCCCCAACCCCCCAACCCCCUUUUUGCCAUUCAUCUCCCAUCGCAAGGCAUAAUCCAAUCAGUCUCGCACACGCGCCAGUCGACUAGGAGCCGCGUCGCCCAGCUCCCGCCUAGCGCAUUCACUUCUAUGGACCGAGACGUCGAGGGCAACCACCCUGCAAGAGACCGGGGCGACACCAGUGCUGAUGACGACGCCUUAUUUGAGGCCCUGGAGAAUGAAGAUGAUGCCGCCUAUCGAGCGCACCGUAUCGAGCAGCUGAAUGCUGAAUUUUCCUCAACUCAAAAUAGCAGAGCCCGCAACACUUCUGCACCCACGACCGCCGUUGUCCAGGACACCCCCUAUCCGACCCUCACAAGCGACCAAGCCCUUUUGGACUUCACCACCCAUACUCACAGGUGUGUGAUUCACUUUGCGCACCCGGAUUUCGCGCGCUGCGGUACCAUGGAUGAGCACAUUCGAGCGUUGGCGGUGCGGCACUACGAGGUGCGGUUUGCACGGGUGGAUGUGCGGGAUACUCCAUUUGUGGUGGAUAAGCUUAAGGUCAGGGUACUUCCUUGCGUGAUCGGCUUCAAGGAUGGUGUAGGGGUCGAGCGCAUUACUGGGUUCGAAGGCCUUGGAUCCGGGGGACGGGAUGGGACCGACAGGUUCAGUACCGCAACUCUUGAGAAAAGGCUCAUUUGGAAGGGAAUUCUAGCCCAGGAAAAGUUCGAGGGUGGAGGUGAUGCCUCGGAGUCGGAAGAAGAUAGCGACCGUGGGGACAGCCGAGGGCAAAUUCAAGGGAGACGAGCAAUCCGGAGUGGGAAUGCCAGGAACUACUAUAAAGACAGCGACGACGACGACGACUGGGAUUGAACCGAACGGCUAUGACAUUACGGUCUUGCGGUUUCGCAAACACGAACCCGUUCUCAACCACGGGAUGCGCCGUGAGGUUGAAGAGUCCGUCCAAGCUGGAAUAGAACACAAGACCUUUGAAUUGAAAUCGAAAAUCCAGCACAUGGGUGCAGUUAGUGUGCGAUGGCACUAGACUGUCUGCACUAUAAUUGUUCCCAGACAUGAUUCAACGAAACGCCUCAACUUCAGGUGUUGUCUGCGAGGCUCUGGAUCCGACUUGCUGUUAUUCGAUGCCCGUUGGUACAGGAAGUUGGUCUCAUGCAAAAAUAUUGACAAAGCCAAGGUCGAUGCGGUCAUCUAUGGCGGAUCAAAUCUAGCAUUUGUACAGAAUAGACCAGUAGGCUUAGGAUCAAAAACCAAGUAAGGAGUGCACCAGUGGGCUGAAGUAGUCCUAAAUCAGAGU